AAGGCUAAAGCCAAAGAAAAAGGCUUCUCAGCAACAAAAAAAAAAAAGCCAAAGAAAAAGGCCAUAAAUAAUAAAAUAAAUAAAUAAAUAAAAUUUAUGAGAGAGCAUAUAAUGACGUCACCAGUCCUUUGACUCUAUUCCUCUCCUUUAAACCCAAUCCUUCCACUUUCUUCUCCGCCUCCGCUCCUCUCUCUUCUCUCUCUCUAGCCUUCCUCUCUGAGCUCUGACGGACUCGCAGCAAUGGUGAGAGACGCUCACUACAUCGCCGUGCCGAGCUUCUUCCGGUGUCCGAUAUCGCUGGACGUGAUGAGGUCGCCGGUGAGCCUCAGCACCGGCGUCACCUACGACCGGUCUAGCAUCCAGCGCUGGCUCGACGACGGCAACAACACCUGCCCCGCCACCAUGCAGGUCCUCUCGUCCACCGACCUCGUCCCGAACCUCACCUUGCAGCGCCUCAUCGAGAUCUGGUCCCGCUCCGUCCGGCUCGACUCCCCCGGCUCCCCUCCCCUUCCUCCUCCUCCCCCGCCGGACUCGCCUCUCACUCCGGAGCGCGUCCUGUCUCUCGCCAGGACCAUUACGAGUUCCAGCUGCGGCGGCAGCUUCGCGGAUUCUCUCGAGAAGAUCUCUCGCUUCGGGAGGGAGUCCGAGGAGAACUGCAGAUUCCUUGCGAGAAUCGACGGAUUUGCCGGCAAUCUGCUCGGUCUCCUCCGCAAUGCCGGCGAUGGAGCGGGGAAGAGCUUCGAUACUCUCGAGCUGGUCGUCACCGUCACAGAAAUGGUGCUGAGCAGAGCGGAGAAUCGCAACAGUUUGAUCUCCUCUGGACUGAGCUCCAACCUCGACAGCUUGAAGACGCUCUCCCUGCUCAAUCAAAGCGGAUCGAUCGCAUCGAAGAUCGCGUCGACCAAAAUCAUCGAGCUCUUCGCCAUCAAUGCAGAGUCGAAGCUCGCAAUCGCUGCCAAGGAAGGACUGCUCCUCCAAUUACUGAGCCUACUGUCUCCGGAUACAUCCCAAGCGCUGAUCGAAGCAAGCCUGUCGUGCUUAAUAUCACUAUCGAAGCCGAAGCGCGUGAAAAUCGCUCUCGUGCGGCUUCAGUCCAUUAGGAGACUGUCCAAGCUCCUCGCUGCCACGAAAUCCAUGGUGCAGGUCGUCGAGAAGUCCCUGAAGCUGCUCGAGUCUGUCUCGUUCUGCACGGAAGGGAGGUCGGCCCUGUGCGAGGACGCCCAGUGCGUGGAGCUGAUCCUGCAGCGGUUGAUGAAGGUCUCGAGUGAGGCCACAGAACGGGCAGUCACGAUACUAUGGAGCCUGUGCUACCUGUUUGGCGACGAGCGGGCCUGCGAGGCAGUAUCCCGUGGGAACGGGCUCGCGAGGAUCCUCGUGGUGAUGCAGAGCAACUGCUCCCCCGCUGUGAGGCAAAUGACGGGGGACCUGGUGAAGCAUUUCGGCUCGAGUUUGAAGCGCAGCCUCUCAGGCUAUGAUACUAAGACCACCCAUAUCAUGCCCUUUUGAGAUGAUCAAGAAGGGAGUACAAACCGAAAAACCGAAAAUUGAUCAUGUGAUCAAUGAUCAUAUGAGAGGAUGAUUGAUUUUGGAAUUUCUGGGUUGAAAAAAGAGGUUGAGAGACUGUAAAUCUGAGGAAAUUUUGUUUAAUUAGUGAAAAUACAUGACAUGAACAAAUAUAUUUGAUCCCGUUA